CCUAUUUGUACAUCGUUUUCAGAUAGGACAGAAAUAUAAAGAAUAAGUAGAAGUAAGAACUCGGUAGUAAUAGUACUAAUAUUGUGUGCAUCUGAUUACACAUGACAGCACCAAAGGGUUUAACUAAUUUAAGAUACCGGUACCCAGUACCGUAGUAAGCAGCUGGUUUGGUGAGAGAAAGCUAACGGAACGGAAGCGUCAGCAAUUCGUGUUAAUAUUAUUCAGAGAUAGUCUUAUCAAAUUCAAUACGCAGCCUGAGGAUUAGUUUACUAAACCUUCCUAAAAUAGAAAAGGGUAGACAUAUUUCAUAAGCAGUACUACUAUAAAUAAAUAAAAUCAGAAAUUAAGUUGAUAUUAAGCAAACAGCAUACGUUUUCAAAUGCAGUCAUUUGAAGAUUGCAGACCCCAUUUAUGUGUAUUAUUUAUAUACGAAUGAACUGGCCAUUGUAUGUGCAGACGCGCCCCGCUGUGUCAUUCUACAUUGCAAUUAAUUAUUUAUUAGCUGCUUUUAAAACAAAAACGAAACAAUAUUUCAAAAAUUAAACUCUUAAAGAUAAAAACCGAAAAUGCAGAACACUAGUCAUACUGUGCAUUGUGAAAGGUGGAGAGUUUUCGUAAUAAUUUGUCAGCGUGAAAUUGAAACUAAAAAAGGAACAAGAUAGAAGCGUCAGUGGACAGAAUUUGUUUGGCUAGCAUAUUUACUGUAUUUUUUUUAUUUUUGAUCGAAGAACCAACUUCACUUUAUUUGAUUUCCAAACACUGGAACAGCAGACAUAAAGACAGAAACUGAAAGGAGACAUCCAGUUGCCUUCUUUAACAAUACAGACAGGAGUCCCAUCAAGAAGCAGAAGAAUGCAGGCAGGUAAACCAGACAGCCAGGAGGCGGGUACCCUCCCAGGGGGGUUGAGGUUGUGGACCAAGAGUUAUGUCAAUGGGGCGGCAUCCACUUUGCUGACGACUUUGGUGACCUUCCCCAUUUACAAGACCAUCUUCAGGCAGCAGCUUCACGCAGUGAUGGUACGGGAGGCUUUACGGCAGCUCCACAAAGAGGGGCUCUCCAAAUUCUACAGGGGCAUCCUGCCUCCUCUUCUGGCUAAGACAGUGCAGGGGACUGUGCUGUUCGGCACUUAUGACACAGUACUGCACUGGAUGUCUCCCCAGGCCACUCUGAACGGACCCCAGUCCCUUUAUCAUUGCUCCCUUGUAGGGAUGCUAUCUGGAUUUAUCGAAGCUCUGGUCCUGACUCCCUGUGAGAGAGUCCAGAAUGUGUUGCAGGACAGCCGCAAGGACGCCAGGCUGCCCACCAUCCGCAGCAUCCUACAGGAAUUCAACUCGUACGGAGUGGGGAAGAGACUGAAGCUGGGGUAUUACAGGGGCCUCGUCCCCAUUAUUUUCCGAAAUGGCCUGGGCAGUGCCCUCUACUUCAGCUUCAAGGACCCCAUUCGUGAUGCCCUGUCAGAGAAGGGGCUGCCCAGCGGGCUCUCCUCCUUUGUUUCAGGGAGUGUCAACGGCAUGGGGGUCAGCCUCCUGCUCUACCCCCUGAGCGUGCUCAUCACCAACAUGCAGGUGCAGGUGGGAGGGGAGGUGCGCAGCACAGGCCACUCCUUCAGGACACUCUGGGAGUCCCGUCAAGGCAGGGUGUCCUUGCUGUACCGUGGGGGCUCCCUGGUUAUAUUCCGCUCCUGCAUCACCUGGGGACUGACUACUGCCAUCUACGAAUCCCUAAAAGGAAGAUCUGGGGGGAGAAACUGAAAGGGGAGGGUAAGGGCCAGUCAGCAAGGGGCUGUCUCUCACCUUCUUUCAGGACACAUUGAUGGGAUAUCUUGACCAAGUUCAUUCAAACCUUUUCUAAAUGUCCACUUCCUUUCAGCUUGGUACAUUAACUGCACUAGAACACUAGUUUUGAACUAUAUUUACUAUACUCGCCGUCUACCUUUGGUAAGUCAGUCUCUCAGACAAGGAGGUUAGAACUGAGCAUAUCAAUACCUCUGCCAAAAAAUUACAAAAAACUACUACUAUAGUACUUUUUGUAAUUUUUUGGCAGGGACAUAUAUAGAGGACCCUAUUCACAAAGCUUUAAUGAUAUUUAAAGAAUGUUUCUAAAGAAGCAUGUUUUGAUGGAUGAUAUAAAGUUUUGUAUGCAUGAAACUGGUUCUUCAAAUUACAUUAGAGUUGGCCGUGCCUUUUCUAAUGUAAGCAGUCCUUCAGACUGGUUCCUUUUGUAAUUACUCAAAUACAUCAAAACAUUCUCAAGUUAAAGCUUUGUGAAUGUGGAUCAUAAGUCACUGUAUUGGUAGAUGUCGCUCAAAGGUAAAUGGCCAAGGACUGGAUAUACUGGUAAUAUUUCUCCAAUGACGUGCUACAUAUUUAUUUUCACAAACUAAGGAAACAAGUCUGAUAGCAAUGGACAGUGGCCUUAACUUGCUACUCUCUUAACAGGGUCUAAAGAUUGCUUUGUAUCUUGGCUUAUCAAAUCCAGCAGUCUCUGGUGCUGUGCAAUGAGGAAUGCUGGGUUUCAACAUCUUAGAAUCAAGAAAAGACCUUAUAAAUGAGUUUCUUCCAUAGCAUCUCAACAUAUUUUAAAGUUCUUUGGAUAUUUGCCAUAUUGUAUCCUGUAUGCACAUGUUAUUUCCUAUGAUGGGACGGACGCUGCCUGUAGUAUUCACCAUGAAUCUCUUUGUAUUGUGAUGGGGAGUGUCAGCAUAGAUUCAUGUUAGACUCUCUUUUUUUAUCAUUAUUGUGUAGAUUUAAUUCAGUAAAAGGCAGGUUCAAUUUAAAUAAGUUUAUUAUCUUACAUGUAGCUUGCAAAGCUUGAAUCAAGAUACUAAGACAUCCAAAUCAGGUAGAAAUUACUACUCUGAAUAUGUCUAACUUUUACACUCAAUAAUACUGUUUUUAAAUGUAUUGAAAAUAAUGAAAACUAAUAUAUUGUACAGUAUUAGAAAACAAUAUAGUAAUAUUUCUUUGGUGCAAUAGAUGGCGCUGUGCCACACUUUUUCACUUACUUUAAAUAACAGCUAUUAAACACAGCCAUGACACAGUCAGUAGUGAGAACAGAACAGCACAAGUGUAGAGUCAGUGUUUAUUUGUUCUGGAAGGAUACAUUCCUCUAUAAUUACCACCUCUAAGUCUCUUUUUUUAGACUAUUUACCAGUAAUGUGAAACAUAUUUUGCAGUCUUGGAUAAGGAAGCACCUGCCAGCCUCUGUCAGAUCUGCUUUUUGUGCUGGCCACCGUAACAUAAAACAGGGAAAUGCAGCUUUUAUAUAUUGUAGAAUACAUUAGAGGGAUGCUAUUUAAGUGACCCAUUCAUGCAAGAGACAUCCUAUUUACACAAAAGUGAGUCCUACAGACGGAAUAGUUUUUCUCUAUAUCAUUUUUUUCUGUGUACAAUACAUCAUUGCACUCAAUGACGUUUUAUGUAAAUCAUUGUAUAACAACAUACUGUAAUAUUUUAUAUAACAGUGGUUUGGGUGGAUUCAGGGGGGUUAAUCUAUAAAGAUGAACCACAUAGCUGGUAAAUGAAAACCCAGAAGAAACCAGUUUUGUUUUUCCUAGACCCAGAAUUAGAAGCUAUUGGACAAACUUAAAACCAGCGCUGGCGAUACAAUUGCAGUGGUGUCCUGAUUGUGCUACUGUCCUGUGAGGAUCAAACUGCAAAUCUGUGACCUCCAUCGGAGCUCGGGCUUGCUCUGUUGAAUGCAGUAUGGUCUGACUAGCAGAACCUGUCCCCAGGCCUUGUGGUACAGCUUAACCGGGAAUUGACAGCUGAUCAGGGUCAGGGAAGGGUAGGUGUAAGGACAAGCUGUAAACUGCAAGUAAGCCGAGAAAUACCAUUGGCAGAAAGUACCGUUCUAAUAAAUGUCAAAACCACAGCUUUAUCAGCAAAGGCAACAGCAGGGAUCGGAAGCAAAUAUAGUGUAUUAACGUAGUGCCUUGGUACUGCCAUGGUGGAUCAUACCAUUGUGAUACCAUUGGUACUACACCAUUGUAUUGCCACUGAUAACCAAGUAUGGGAGCUCAUACACUAAAGCACACCUCACCCACAGCCUCUCUCUUGCAGUAAGUGAUUCAGGAACUUAGAACUUUAAAUAUAUACCAGUAGCAUGAACAAUAUUUUAAAUUCUGGUGAAUAUAUAUAUAUAUAUAUAUAUAUAUAUAUAUAUAGUAUUUUAAUUGAUGUGAAUUUAAUUAACUGCAUUUUAAUUUCCUUUUACUGUCAUUAAUUGUGAAUAGCUAUCAUGCUUUUGUGUUA